AUGCACGGUUUAUAUGUUCAGACAUUAGUGGAGUAUGACGAGGGAUUUCUGUCUUCUGACGCAGUCCUGGCGGGUGCUAUUUGGCGGUGUUUAUAUAUUCAAAAAAAUUUCAAUCCGAUUCACGUGAGCUCGGUUAUUCGCUAUAUGAGGGGAACUGUAAGUUUUGCUGUUUUACUAAACUUUUAUCUAGUUUUCACUUAA